AAUCAAUACAUUACCAUGAAGUAAAGCUUUUACAGCCUUGUUUAGUGCAACAUUUGGAUCAAAAAAACUUUUUUUUCCGUAUUAGGAAGUCAUCUUUUGAUCGCCUAAAAAUUUUUAGUCCAACUCUAAUGCUUCUGUCAUUGAAGCUUGAUCACGGAAAGCCCCCUCCAAGCACGUCAAUAGAUAGGCUUUCGAACAACUCAUCCUUAGCUCAAAAGAUGGUGUCUGGAAUUGUAUAUGCCUACUCAGUCUCUACACCUUCCCAUUACUCUCGUUUUCUCUGCUUAGCAACUGGCUAAAUUAGUAGCUUAU